GAGAACCACGUUGCAAACUCAACGUGUCGGAAGCUCCACCCCGUCGGCGCCAACUCCUCCUCCCGCCCCUUGAGGGCCCGAGGGGGAGAGCGAAGAGCGAGAGGGAGGCCGAAGUGCCUCAAGGGCCCAGUAGCGGCUCUCGCGAGUGAGGGGCCGAAGAAGCCCGCUUUCGCGCUAACUGCAAGGAGCCGCAGCGGAGGGAGAGUGAGUGACGUUUUCAGCUAAAGUAAUGCCAGCGAGAUCAGAAGAAGAGUCCAUGGUAACCCUAGAUUUCUUCACUAGUAACCGUGGAAAGAAACUGAAUCUUACUGCUUUGGAGAAGGACUCAGAAUUUUCUAGUAUAAUCUGAGAGAAAUAGAACUUUUAGAAAACAACUUGGGGAAUGUGACAAUUCCCCCCCCCCUUAUACUCAGAAAGUAUUAACUAUAUUAUAAGGGAUUUAUUGGAAGCAGCUUCAAAUGCCCUACUGGUUGCUGAAAGGAAAUCUUAUUUUUUUAAUAUAACUAAUUGAUUUCAGUUCUUAAAAUCCCAUCACCAUAGGUAUCCAUCUUUCUGGAUGGUAAGGGAACAAUUGAUUUUUUAAAAAUGGAUAAAUACGAUGAUCUGGGUUUGGAGGCCAGUAAAUUUAUAGAAGACCUCAAUUUGUACGAAGCCUCCAAAGAUGGGCUCUUCCGGGUGGACAAAACAGUUGAGAACAACCCAGAAUUUGAAGAAACCAGGAGGGUUUUUGCUACAAAAAUGGCCAAGAUCCAUCUUCAGAAACAGCGAGAGCAAGAGGAGCUGGUGAGAGCGGCUUCGGGAGCUCCGAAUGGUGGGCUUGGUUUUAAUACUCAGCAUCCACUUCCGGUCCAUCCAGCAGCCAGAGGCACUGGAGGAGCGAACAAAAUGCAUUCAAGAGAAAAUACUGCCAAGCCCCCUUUAGCUACCUCACCAACAGUGUGUGCAGGCCAUCAUCUUGCCUUUCCAAAUCAAACUCAAGCUCAUACUGAUAGAGAGCAAGCCAAGUUAUGUCAAGAUGGCCGAAGAGCCAGUGGUGACUACAGAUAUGGGGAGAGUCCGGGUGGUACAGAAACUUCUGGAGGACAUGGAUAUCACAGGGCAGGGCAGGUGAACCCAUGUAGUGUCAAGACAUCGUUUUCUUCCUAUUCUCACGAAGAGCCUCAAUACGCUGAUCAUCGGACGGGUGUUCAGAGUUGGGGAAAGGAUGGCGGUAGGUUUUCUGGUGUGACAGCUGGCGCAAGCUCCGGUUUAUGGUCUGGUGGAAGUCAUGAUGAGUCAUUGCAGAGAAGUCCUACAAAACCUCAAGCAGAUCUCCAUCUGUACCAGCCAUUGCAAAACUCUUGCAGAUCUUCGGAGAGUGGGAGGCAGGAAAGUGGAGGUGAAGGCCAUGGACUUAGCCAAAGCUGUGAGCAAAAUGCAGGUGGCCAGAGAUCAUUGUCUUUCUCUCAUACCUCCUUGCCAUCUUCUGCUGUGCAUGGUGAUGAUUUACUCAUGGGAUAUUCACCACAAAUAUCUUCAUUCUCUUCAUCACCAGCACAUAUUUCUCAGAACCUUUUGAACCAGUCUGAUAAUUUUAAUCCAAACUGUGGCACUGAAGUCUGGGCUUCCAGCACACCAAAUAAAAGCAGUACUGACAGCCAGUUAAGACAUAAUGAUAACACUCAUUCUUCUAGUUUGCAUCCAACUCCACUGCCUCCAAGGGUAGACUAUCAGCAGGCUAACACUCAUCCACAGCCCACAGGUCAUUUUAUAGUUCAUGGUCAAAAUCAUAGGCUUAAUUGUGCUGCAUCUGGUAUGAGUCCUGGGCAGAAUUCCAUCAGUGCAACAUCUCAUGGACCAAUGAUUUCCGAUGUUCCAAAAUCUCCAUUUAAAGAGGGCAUUGGCACUCUGCAACAUGACUCGGGUCACCAAGAAACCUCCAGUUCUGCAAAAAUAAAACUACCAUGUCAGACACUUCUUCCACAACAAGAACAAGGACCAUCCACUGCUGAAUUAAAAUUAGAAGCUCUUACCCAGCGUCUGGAGCAGGAGAUGGAUGCUUGUCCAAAGGCCGACUACUUUGGAACCUGCGUGAAAUGCAACAAAGGUGUAUAUGGUGCAAACCAGGCUUGCCAAGCAAUGGGGAAUCUCUACCAUGAUGGAUGCUUUACCUGUGGAGCAUGUAGUCGAAAGCUGAGAGGGAAGGCCUUUUAUUUCGUUAAUGGGAAAGUGUUUUGUGAAGAAGACUUCCUGUAUUCAGGUUUCCAGCAGUCUGCUGACAGGUGUUUCAUAUGUGGCCAUUUGAUCAUGGACAUGAUUUUGCAGGCUCUGGGAAAAUCAUAUCAUCCUGGCUGCUUCCGCUGUGUAAUCUGUAAUGACUGUCUUGAUGGAGUGCCGUUCACAGUAGACAGCGAGAACAAAAUCUAUUGUGUCCGAGAUUAUCACAAAGUUCUGGCACCAAAAUGUGCAGCUUGCGGACUUCCUAUUCUGCCAAGUGAGGGAUCUGAUGAGACUAUCCGUGUUGUGUCAAUGGACAAAGAUUACCACGUGGAGUGUUAUCGCUGUGAGGACUGUGGCAUGGAACUCAAUGAUGAAGAUGGACACCGUUGUUACCCACUGGAUGAACAUCUGCUGUGCCAUGCCUGUCACCUUCAACACAUAGAAAAAGGCACAACUACAGUCACUUCGUACCUGCAUCACUACUAGGCAGCCCUACCAAAAUUUCUAGAAGAUUCAGAAUGGUAUCCAGCAGUUUCUGUUUGGUGCUCAGUUUCUUCAGCUGGCAGUUUGCUGGAAGAGGAUGAAGGAAGAAGAUACAUCCCACUCAGGCAAUUUGUGCAUAGGAAUUGUACACAAAGGAUGGUUUUGACCAAAAUGUAGUGCAGUAACUUGUACUUUAUGUGCCCAAAGGGAUACGUUUUCUCCUGAAUCAUUUUCUAAGUCAUUAAAUUAUAACAAUAACAAAGGUGGGCAAAUUCAAGAUGUCCAAGGGUUGUAUGUGUUCACUCCAGGACCUGAAGGGCCUCACUUGAUCUUGAGCUUCCCCUUUCCAGAAAUAGUUUUCAAAAAUUUGUUUAAAUAGGGUCCUAAACAACUUCUAAUGGCUACAUUUUGAAUGUGUGGUGGGAGGAGCUCUGGAUUAUGGUGGGGGAGGAGCAAAACAUGACAAAAUAGCCUUCCAUAUCCAUAGAGAAUAUAAAGGCGCUUUAUGAGACAAAACAAUGUUUUAUUUAAAAAAAAACUGGGGGGUUUGAAUGUGGGGAGAACGGUGCUGGAGAGCUACACCUUACCUACCCCUGCUCUAAAGGCUCCUUUUAGAGUUACUAUAUAAAAAGCCUUUCUUUCUAAUAUAGUGGCCUGUUUUUGUGGUCUAAAUUUCCAAUCAUGGAAGCACAUCUCCACUAUGCUGCUCCAUGUCUGAGCAAAUCUCAUUUUCUUCCCCAGAAAUCUACUGUGUUUUCCCUAUUUGGGGAAAUAUUAUCAAUUCUGCAUUUUUAGCCCAAAUGGUGAUUGAGAGAUAAUAACAUCCCCCUCUCCCUCAUUCUGUUGAGACACUGCAUACUGAAAAAGGCACAACUAGUGGCAGCACUUAUGUUACAUUCAGGUGAGAAGCCAAAUUGAGUUCUCAACAUUCAUCUUAGAAACCCAGUUCUCUUAACCUUUUGCCAAAGGCUGGACAUCACUAAAGAUACAAAACAGUAGUCAGAAUAACUGAAGAGCACACAUUAAGACAGUUUAUGCAGCUUGCAGCUCUUUCAAGACUGUGCUUAUUUUAAGCACUUGCAACAACUUGAGAUUGGAUUUAUGUGUAUUGCUUUAGGCUCUUUUCUACCAGCCAUUGAUUAUGUGCAGUGACAGAUAAUUCCUUUCAUGAAUUGGAUUGUCUGUGCUGUGUGUCUAGGAAAGAUAAAACAUGUUUGUGCCUUUAAACUCAGUGCCUUAUAAAUCAUAACCUCUACAGUUAAGUGUGUAUUUAAAUAUCAUAACAGGCUUUUGAAUAUUUGUGUAUGUCUACUAAUACAGAUGAUAGACUGAAGCAGAUGAACGUUAAUUAAAAUGUUUGCCCCAGAUAUUUUAUUUGUUGAUUGUCCCAAUGGAAUCCAAGCUUACGGAGUGUCAAUAAACUAAUUCUGCAUCUGCAGAGAGAUGUGUGUUCAA